AUGUCACCUAGUACUAGAAAAAUUUUGUUUUCCUCUAUGCCCUGCUAUCUGGGGGCUCUCUCCUUUGGCUUUGUCAUAGGUUACACAUCUCCAUCCUUACCAAAGAUGCAAGAAAUAGAUGAGCCACUGUACAACAGCCCUAACUCUUCUGCCUGGUUUGGAUCGCUGGCCACCAUCGGGGGAAUGUUGGGAUGUCCACUGGCCGGCAUUUUAGUCGACAAGUUAGGUAGGAAGAAAUCAAUAAUGGCGUCGUCUCUGCCAUUUCUUAUUGGCUGGCUUGGCAUUGCUUGGGGAACUAGUUUGGACGUUCUUUACCUGGCAAGAUUGUUGACUGGUCUCGGUGGGGGCAUGGUGUGUGUGGUGAGUCCGUUGUACAUAUCUGAGACAUCCAGUAAAGAAAUCAGGGGCAAGUUAGGGACAGGGGUGCAACUAUUCGUCACCAUUGGUAUUGUAUUGGUGUAUGGUCUGGGUGUAUAUUAUAGCUGGAGGAGUUUGGCACUGUGGUGUUCUGCCCUGCCAGUUAUCACCUUGUUAUUCAGUUUCUACAUUCCUGAAACUCCGAGAUACUUAUUAGACCAAGGUAACAAAUCGGAAGCAUAUUUAGUUCUUCUGUCCAUACGGGAGACAAGUUCAGCAGCUGAGCUGGAGAUGGAUGAGAUGGUGGGAUUGGUGGAAGAAGAUGGCGGGAAACAGUCGACACGUCAGCAGCAGCAGCUCAGCAGCUUCUACAGUGACCUCAUGACCCCUGACCUCUACAAACCCCUCCUCGUUUCCAUCCUCAUCAUGGCGUUCCAGCAGCUGACUGGUAUCAACGUCGUCAUGUUCUACACGGUCUCCAUUUUCAUGGCCGCCGGAUUCGAAAAACAAAAUGGCGGACUGGCCACUCUGGCGAUUGGAUUAGUGCAGGUCGUGUUUACGUUCGCGUCGGCCAUGUUGAUGGAUAGGGCGGGAAGGAGGAUCCUGUUGAUGGCCGCCAGUCUAGGGAUGUGCGUUUCCUGUUUUGUCAUGGCCGCCUGCUAUCGGGGAAACGUCGGGGACGUAUCGUCCGUCGCUGCUUCGGUAAGCCAGUCAACCAGCACCUCCAACAUCGGACUGGCCGUCUUGAUCAGUCUGAUAGUUUACGUGGCCGCGUUUGCCCUCGGCUGGGGUCCAAUACCAAUGUUACUUACGUCUGAGAUAUUUCCUGCCAAGACUAGAGGGACUGCCAUGGGGCUAGCCACACUGAUGAAUUGGUUCAUGGCUUUCCUGGUCACUCUCUACUUUGAGGAUGUUAAGCAAAUGUUUGGCAUGGAUGGGGUGUUUGGAUUUUUCGGAGCGUGCAGCCUGCUAGCGACGAUGUACGUAUUCCUAUACGUCCCUGAGACCAAGGGCAAGUCCCUGGAGGAUAUUUCCGCCUUCUUUUUUACUCCCAGCAGGAUCAUUCGCAGCAUUUAAUUAAUUCCGUGUUUGU